GGUCAAGAAUAUAAAAAGCUGACGGAAAAGUUCCUUUCACCAGCAGCACGAAUCAGGCAUGUUACUAGAAAGACGAAUGAUAUUACUAUAGCUCCAGACCACCUAGAGCCCCUGGUCUUCUACUUCUCCCCAGUCACCUUCUUAGCCAGAAUGGAACAUAGGCGCACAUAUUGAAUCUUGGAGUGGUGCUUUGGUUGGUGCUCACACGGUAUUGAGUUUUCUGGUCGGCCACCAUACAUCCAUAAUAAGUAUAGGGAACUUGUAACUUGUGAGUCUGCUACUCAGAGGAAAGAGAGUUUCCCACACAUUCCAGCAUACCUUGGACAUGAUUUCUAUAACUUGUCUCUCUUAGUAUCAUGUACUCCACCCUGGAUUAUUUCGGCAGUUCUGAGGAUCGCACUAGUGUUCGCCCCUAUAAAUCACCGAGGCGACGCCUAGCGGUCGUGCAAACCGCGCGCAUUGGUAGUCAGUCUGAAAGCAGUCGAGCAUUUGUCAGUCGCCGGAGUUCGGCCGGAGGCGCGGCGAUGAGCGACUACUACGACAGCGACGACGACGUCGUGCUGGUGCGGCAGGAAUCGCCUGAUGGCCACGGAUUCAGAGGGAGGUCGUCGGCAAGGGGGAAGGAGGCGACCAGCAGGUACGGGACGUGGGAGCAGAGCGAGCUGGAGAGGCACAUGUUCUCGUGGUCGCUCCAGGAUGUGCUCAACAAGGAUCUCUUAAAGGAAAAGGUGCGCAUCUGCCCUCUCAGCCUUUCCUUUUUAUAAUCUGUGCCUGCUUUCAUGCACAGCAGAAAUGCAUAUAUGCCAUUUGUUAUUCUUCAAUUAGGAAGGAUCUGGCCAAGGAUAAGCCUACCUCACAUUUUUUUUAAGUGAUUUGUUUUGUUGAGGAGUACACCUGAAUGUGUCUGUGGACGAAGAGGAUCUGCAUACCGUGUGACUAGAAACAAUAUCCGAUCACAAAUGCAGGUAAAGCAGAUACCCGAGACUUUCACCUCGCUGGAGGAUUACAUGUAAUCCUUCAUGGUGCCGUUGAUCGAGGAGACCCGCGCGGACCUCUGCUCGGCGCUGGAGGGCAUCAAGCACGCGCCGGCGGCCGAUGUGGUCAGGAUGGAGCAGCUCGCCAGUGACCAGGCCAUCUUCAGCAUCGCCGUCGCAGAAGAAAUUUCCGCCCCCACCCCCCUCGGUGUUGCUCCCCUGCCCUCCCCCGCCAGCUCCAGCUGCGGCGCCGCUCCGGCACCUCCGCCGCCGCCCUCCACCGCCACCGCCGCUAAUCACCUCCGACCCGAGCUCCCCCGCUCUAGUCCUGGCCUACCGGUUGUCCACCGACCUCCAGUGGCCGGCGGCGUCCCAGCCGCCUCGCCGCGCCGCCGUCGCAACCCGCCUCCGCCGCUGGGCUUCCCUACCCCCCCACCUCCCUCUUCUAAGGUCGCCGGUGGCCACCGGACUCAGGCAACCUCCCACCACGAACUCCGGCCGUUGCUUCCCUCAACGGGGAAGAUGAACAGUAGCGGCGGCGCCCUUCUGCUACAGCUUGCAUCCCACUCGCGCGCGCGAGGAAUAGAUUUUUCCGAUCCCAACGCGCCCCAGCGUGAUCAGGUCUACGCCCCCAAGAACGCCGACGUGCUGGUGCUGACAGAUCGGAAGCCCAGGCACAUCUCGGACCUGGGGCGGACGGGGAAGUCCUACCUGAUCGGCUCGGUGCUCAAAGCUGAGGGCGUCGACGGCACGGUCGUGCGGCUGUCGCGUAGGCCUGAGGAAGGGCUGCCCCUUGUCGCGGUGUUUCUGAUCAACAUGACCACGUACAAUCGCAUACAGAAUGCUGUGGAUGUGCACGCUGACGCGUGCUGGAACAAGAGCAUCGUUGAGAAGAUGCUCAAUCCAAUGAUUGGCCAAGGGUACAAUGUGUCGUCGUCAGUGCUGCCUUCCUGUCUUCUGGAUGGGGACCUUGGUGCUCAUGAAAAGUUCGAGCUCAACGACUCGCAACUGAAGGCCGUGCACGACUGCGUUUCAGCAGUGCGGGAACCGACGUGCUCCGUGCGCCUGAUCAAGGGCCCUCCUGGGACGGGGAAGACGAAGACCAUCAGCGCGCUCCUGUGGUCCAUGCUGAUCAAGAACCACAGGACAGUGACCUGCGCCCCGACGAACACCGCGGUGGUGGAGGUGGCUUCUCGAGUCCUCAGACGUCUCAUCGAGGAGUCCUCCGGCGGAGGUUGCAAGAAGUGCUUCCUGAGUGAUGUCGUGCUCUUCGGCAACGAGGACAGGAUGGGCGCGGACGGGGACCUAAAAAGGAUUUUCAUGGAGUCCCGUAUUGGCCGCCUGCGUCGGUGCUUGGUGCCAUGGUCAGGGUGGACACACUGUCUGAGUUCUAUGCUCGGUCUUCUUGAGCAUCCUUUGGUUCAGUAUGAAAGGUAUACUGAAGGCAUAAAAAAUGACAUAAAUAAAUUGAUCUCAGAAGAAAAGGAGGUAAGGGAUGAUCUUGUCAGUAGGAUGAAGAACGAGGAAGUGCAAACUUCAUCCAGAAAAGAAAAAAUCAAAGAAUUACAGAAAAAGCUACAGGAAGUACAGAAAAGUAUACAGGAAAUAGAGAAAAAUAAAAUGUCGUUCAAAACCCACUUUCAGAGUAACUACAAACGUCUGGAGGAAGAUUUGCGCAGCUGUGUGGAGAUUUUCUGCGAUGAUCUUCCCAGAUCUGCAACCUCUGAAGAAAACUUUUGCUGCAUGGCUGAGGUUCCGCCCUUGCUCAAUGCGUUUGCAGAGCUUGUACAAUCUGAAUCUGAUGAACACUUGCGAACCCUGUUUGAUAGUGACGAGGAUGGAACAGACCGUUCUUUGUUCAGGAAUUUUUUGACCCAUGUGCACGACGGAGUGAAUUUUGAGCUGAAGCAGGCAAGGUCUUCAUGUCUUCUGAAGCUAAAACACCUGUCUGCUCACUUUGAGCUGCCAGAAUUAUUCGACAGCCGAACGAUCGAAGAAUUCUUGCUUCAGAGGGCAAAGAUCGUGCUCUGCACAGCAUCGAGUUCUUACCGCCUGCACUACCAGCAGAAGGCCCAGCCGUUCGAGGUCCUCGUCGUGGACGAGGCAGCGCAGCUUAAGGAGUGCGAGUCGCUGAUACCUCUGCAGCUCCCUGGCGUCCGUCAAGCCGUUCUCAUCGGUGAUGAGUGUCAGCUUCCGGCACUGGUGAAAAGCAAGGUUUGUGCCGAUGCAGGAUUCGGAAGAAGCCUGUUCAAGAGGCUGACAUCCCUGGGGCAGCCCAAGCACCUCCUCAACGUGCAGUACAGAAUGCACCCAUGGAUCAGCAAGUUCCCUAUCGAGAGCUUCUACGGUGGCGAGAUAGCCGACGGCCCAAACGUCCUGAACAGAGACUACGAGAGGAGGUACCUGACCGGCCCCAUGUACGGCCCCUACUCCUUCAUCAACAUCGACGGCGGCACUGAGAGCACCGGCAAGCACGACCGCAGCCUGAUCAACCCCGUCGAGGCAGCGGCGGUAGCCCGGAUCGUGCAGAUGCUGUCCAGAGAGUCGGUUGGCACGAGGAGGGAGGUCCGCGUGGGCGUGGUGUCGCCGUACAAGGGCCAGGUGCUCGCCAUCCAGGAGAAGCUCGCCGUCGCCGGGGCGUACGCGAUGCACGACGGGUUCUCGGUGAAGGUGCGGUCCGUGGACGGGUUCCAGGGUGCCGAGGAGGACGUGAUCAUCUUCUCCGCCGUCCGGAGCAACACCACCGGCAAGAUCGGCUUCCUCGCCGACAUCAACCGCACUAACGUCGCGCUGACCCGGGCCAAGCAUUGCCUGUGGAUCGUGGGCAACGCGAAGACGCUGGCGAGCUGCAAGAGCAUCUGGCGGCAGAUCGUGGCCGACGCCAAGGACCGGGGCCGCUUCUUCGACGCCGAGGACGACGAGGACCUCUCCAACGCCAUCAAGGCCGCCAUCGACCUGGACGAGGUGGAGAGUCUGCAGAAGUUCGAUGGCCUGCGUAUCGUUGGUGGUGGUGAUGGGUCGCGGUCAGGGGGUGCGAUGGUGACAUCGCUUCCAAAUUGACAGAAGUUUGGCGGUACUAGGCUACUAGCCACCCACCCAUUAGCGGAUUGGCCAUCGCUAGGAAUUUAUCUUGCUUUGUUUAUGAGGUGAUUGAUCUGGACCCCUUAAAUAAACGCCAUCAGAGGAUGCCAUCUCGCUUGUUCAGUUGUCCUGGUACUAAAGCACUAUCUUCAGGUACGUCGUUUGUCCAUUCCUUCGAAUAUAGAAACAAUCACGAGUUCUAAAUGCGACGUUUUGUAAUUGAGAUGUGAAA